UGAACAAGUUGUUGAUGGCAGCAACUUGGAGAUCUAUCUAAAGACAUCUAGUUUGUUGGUAGCAAAAUAACAACAGUGAUAAACUUGGAACUUGUCAACAUGACAUCAUUGUCGGUGAUCUCCAUGGCAACUUCUGACAUCACAAAUGCAACAACCAUAUCACAUGACAUAACAACUGCAGCAUGUCAGCAUAGUGACAUACCAUUUUACUGGGGGUUUAUUACCGCAGCUAUUGCCAUAUUCUUCUAUGGUACAAACUUUGCCCCUGUGAAGAAAUUUGACACUGGAGAUGGCAUGUUUUUCCAGUGGAUAUUGUGUAUGGCAAUAUGGUGCAGUGGUUUAGUUGUACAGAUGAUUAGAAAAAGCCCAAAAUUUUACCCCCUGGCAAUGCUUGGAGGACUGCUAUGGGAAACAGGAAAUAUCUGUGUUGUGCCAAUUAUAAAAACGAUUGGUUUAGGCCUGGGUUUAUGUAUCUGGGGAAUGACAAAUCUGCUCAGUGGUUGGGCGACAGGGAGGUUUGGUAUGUUUGGUUUACAUGCUGACCCUCCAGACAACAAAGUUCUAAAUGAUAUAGGAGUUAUACUUGCUGUGUCUAGUGCUGUAAUAUUUGCAAUGGUGAAGAAUGAAGUGAGCACUGCUGGAGUAGAUCAAACAGUCACUGUGGAUAUAUCCUCCGAGAGAAACCCUUUAUUAGAGAACGGAAGGCGCAAUGGGCCAACAUACUCCAGUGUCCAUACAGAUGACCAUGAUGUCAUUAUAUUCAAUAAUGAUAGGCCUAGGGUAAACAGCAUCAAUCAAGUUACCUCUGACAGUACUGAUAAUGAUGUCACGUUUAUAGACAGGCUUAGUCCUGCCACAAAGAGGAUUGUAGGUAUUGUUUUAUCAGCAGUGUCAGGGAUUUUUUAUGGUCAGAUGUUUACACCAGCAAUAUAUGUACAAGAUAACUAUGACGGGGCUAGUCAAGAGGCAUUAGAUUAUGUUUUUGCAACCUUCAGUGGUAUCCUAGCAACAAGUACAGUGUAUUUCCUUAUUUAUGCUGCCUUCAGCGGAAAUAAACCUAAAGUCUAUCCACGUGCAAUAUUACCUGGGUUUGUUUCUGGUUUGAUGUGGGGAGUAGCUACGUCAUCGUGGUUUGUAGCGAACAAAGUUUUAUCAGAAUCUGUUGCCUUUCCUAUCGUCACUACAGGACCUGGUGUUAUUGCUUCAAUACUGGGAGUUGUUGUCUUUAGAGAAAUUCAGGGACGCAAGAAUAUACUUAUACUUCUGCUAGGUAUGACAGUAACCAUCACUGGGUCAGUUCUGGCAGGGUUAUCAAAGAAGGCAGCCAAACAAUGUUGAAACAUGUAGUCAGAGAGAAGUACAAUGCUUAAUGAUUAACUAGGUUAUGCAUAUGAGGACCAAAAAAAAUGCAUUGAUAUUUAUUAUAACACGCUGUACACUAUUCCCCUAUCAUGCCUAUCAAACAGAUAGGGAUUUUAAGUGUAUUAUCACACAAAUCACACGAUA